GUGAGCUAUGAUGAUGUGCAUGUGAACUUCACCCAGGAAGAGUGGGCUUUGCUGGACCCUUCUCAGAAGAGGCUUUACAAAGUUGUGAUGCUGGAGACAUAUAAGAAUCUCUCUGCUAUAGGCUACAUUUGGGAAGACCAUACAAUUGAACAGCAUUUUCAAAGUUCCAGAAGUCAUGGAAGGCAUAAAAGACAUCGAACUGGAGAGCAACCCUCUGAGUUGAUUCAACAUGGUAAAGUCUUUGCGUAUCAAUGUCAUACCCUAAAGCAUGAAAUUAUUCAUAUUAGAGAAAAACCUGUUGGAUAUAUGAAAUAUGGUGAGGCUUCUGUUCUAAGCAGUGAUCUCCAAAUACAGAAACGAACACAUACAGGAGCAAAAUCCUAUGAAUGUAACCAGUGUGGUAAAACCUUUGCAGGAAUUGGUGGUCUCCAAUAUCAUAUAAGAACACAUACAGGAGAGAAACCAUAUGAAUGUAACCAGUGUGGUAAAACCUUUGCAGGAAGGGGUAGUCUCCAAUAUCAUAUAAGAACACAUACAGGAGAGAAACCCUAUGAAUGUAUUCAAUGUGAUAAAGCCUUUGCACGAAGAAGUGAUCUGAAAUAUCAUAAAAGAACACAUACAGGGGAGAAACCCUAUGAAUGUACUGAAUGUGGUAAAGCCUUUGUACAAAGCAGUUAUCUCCAAAAACAUAAACGAACACAUACAGGAGAGAAACCCUAUGAAUGUAACCAUUGUGGUAAAGCUUUUUCAUACAGCAACGUUCUCCAAAUACAUAAACGAAUACAUACAGGAGAGAAACCCUACGAAUGUAACCAUUGUGGUAAAGCAUUUACAGCAAGGGCUGGUCUCCAGUAUCAUAUAAGAACACAUACAGGAGAGAAACCCUAUGAAUGUAUUCAAUGUGGUAAAGCCUUUGCACGAAGCAGUGAUCUCCAGUAUCAUAGAAGAACACAUACAGGAGAGAAACCCUAUGAAUGCAAUCAAUGUGGUAAAGCCUUUGCACAAAGCAGUAGUCUCCGAAUACAUAAACGAACACAUACAGGAGAGAAACCCUAUGAAUGUACUCAAUGUGGUAAAGUUUUUUCAUAUAGAAAUGUUCUUCAAAUACAUGAACGAAAACAUACAGAAUGGAAACCCUAUGAAUGUAAUCAAUGUGGUAAAGCCUUUGCAUGAAGCAGUGGUCUACAGUAUCAUAAAAGAACACAUACAUGAGAAAAACCCUAUUAA